CAAAAGAGAGACUCUACAGCGGUGGGUAAUUCACUGGUCCACAAGCGGUCUCCUUUACGUCGAAGCCAUAAGACCUCAGCAUCUCUGACCAAGCUGUCGUUACGUGAUGGACAGAAAGCCAAAAAGCCACUGUGUAAAUUUGAAGAAGGUCAGGAUGUCCUAGCUAGAUGGUCAGAUGGCUUGUUUUAUCUUGGAACUAUCAAAAAGAUAAACAAACUGAAACAGAACUGCUUCAUUAUAUUUGAAGACAGUUCCAAAUCCUGGGUUCUCUGGAAGGACAUACAAACAGGAGCCACUGAAAGUGGGGAAAUGGUCUGUACAAUAUGUCAGGAAGAGUAUUCAGAAGCACCGAAUGAAAUGGUUAUAUGUGAUAAAUGUGGGCAAGGUUAUCAUCAGCUGUGUCACACACCAAAUAUCGAUUCCAGCGUGAUUGAUUCAGAUGAUAAAUGGCUCUGUCGACAGUGCGUUUUUGCAACAACAACAAAGAGAGGUGGUGCGCUUAAGAAAGGACCAAAUGCCAAAGCACUGCAAGUCAUGAAACAAACAUUACCGUAUAAUGCAACAGACCUUGAGUGGGAUGCCGGUCAUAAAACCAAUGUCCAGCAGUGUUACUGCUAUUGUGGAGGACCUGGGGACUGGUAUCUAAAGAUGUUGCAGUGCUGCAAAUGUAAGCAGUGGUUUCAUGAGGCUUGCGUGCAGUGCCUCCAAAAGCCAAUGCUUUUUGGUGACAGGUUUUAUACGUUCAUUUGCUCAGUUUGCAGUUCUGGACCAGAAUACCUCAAACGUUUACCUUUGAGAUGGGUAGAUAUAGCACAUCUAUGCCUUUACAACCUAAGUGUUAUUCAUAAGAAGAAAUACUUUGAUUCGGAGCUUGAACUCAUGGCCUACAUUAAUGAAAACUGGGAUAGAUUGCAUCCUGGUGAGCUGGCAGAUACACCAAAAUCUGAAAGAUAUGAGCAUGUACUGGAGGCAUUAAAUGAUUACAAGACCAUGUUUAUGUCUGGAAAAGAAAUAAAGAAAAAGAAGCAUUUGUUUGGCUUGCGAAUUCGUGUUCCUCCUGUGCCACCAAAUGCUGCUUUAAAGGCUGAGAAAGAACCAGAAGGAACUUCUCAUGAGUUCAAAAUUAAAGGCAGAAAAUCAUCUAAACCAAUCCCUGAUGUGAGGGAAUUAAGUAAUGGUAUAGAAAGAAAGGGGAAAAAAAAAUCAGUAGGUCGUCCACCUGGUCCCUAUACAAGAAAAAUGAUUCACAAAACUCCAGAGUCGUCUCCUCUGGAUAAUGAACCAGUUCCAGUGAUAGAGAACCCAGCCUUGGAAUUACCCUGCAGUGUUGGGAAAUCUGAUGGAACUGCACAUUCAUCUAAUACCUCAGAUGUGGAAUCCACAGGUGCUGCCAGUAUGAAAGAAACUACCUCAUCUAGCAUUUCCAGACAUUAUAGUUUAUCUGACUCAAGAAAAAGGACUCGUACAGGAAGAACUUGGCCUGCUGCAAUACCACAUUUGAGAAGAAGAGGUCGCUUUCCACGAAAAGCACUCCAGACUCAAAAUUCAGAAAUUGUCAAAGAUGAUGAGAGCAAGGAAGAUUACCAGUAUGAUGAACUCAAUACAGAGAUACUUAACAACUUAGCAGAUCAGGAGUUACAGCUCAAUCAUCUGAAGAACUCGAUUACUAGUUAUUUUGGUGCAGCAGGUAGAAUAGCUUGUGGGGAAAAAUACCGUGUUUUGGCUCGUCGGGUGACACUUGAUGGAAAGGUGCAGUAUCUUGUGGAAUGGGAAGGAGCAACUGCAUCCUGACUGUAGGACUGAACAUUAUGUUCACUGCACUGUCAUCUGUAAGUACAGUUCAUAAUGCAGAGCCACGAGAGAAACGUGUCUUUAAAUGUGUUUCUAAAAACAAAACAAAACCAGUUUAGCCUUAACAUGUAAUUGUUAUCAUUACAGCUCUUGUGAUAAAGACUUAUCUUUUUAAAAUCUGAUCUGAAAGUUAAAUUUUUUAAUCUGAACAUUGUUAGAUUGUUUUAGGUUGGGAUAUUUUGGGUUACAAUUGCUUAAAAAUGUGCAUGGUGUUU